AUGGCUCCCGUAGCCUCCCGACUCGCUGGCGGCGCUCCACCAGGGACGAUCAGGUUUCGGCGCUUCCUGUCAAAGUAUGGGCUCUCGGUAACCGCAGUAGCCAAUGCCGUGGUAGUCGAGGCACAUGCGAAGCGCCUCGCCAGGACUUUGAAGGAGAUCAUUGAGGACCAGCAGCGAAGCGGUGGAACGGUCGUCAAACACGAGGCUGGUCAGGCCGACACUGCCGAAGCCGCUGCCAUCUUUGGGCUGCCUGGCACCGACAUCAUCAGCAAAGUUAUCACCGUCCCGCACUCGUGGACCCUCAGGAGCUCGAGCCCUUAUGUCGUGCCCUUCGAUGCGGAGACCAAGAUGAGUUUUGUCGGAAAGAUCGAUACGAUCACCAGAGGCGGCGGGUCCCCUCCCGAGUGCGUUUGGGUUCGCGUCAAGCUCGGCUGGGGCGACGCGAACGUGAUGGUCUUCUUCGUCCCAAGCCACACCAAGCUCUACCAAUAUGUAGCCGAGAAAAUGGUCUUCGAAGCCGACUCGUUGAUCUACGUCAAGGACCUUGUACCGACGCACUUCGAUAACGCGGAUGUCCUGCAGUUUACCCUGGACUCGACCAUCAAGCUCAUUCGCUCAGACAAAACAUCUUUCGACGACAUUUCUCGAUUCAACGCUCGGCUCAACGCAGAGUGGAGCGGACUCGAUAUCGACACUCUCGAGUUUGAAGAAGACAAGGACGACGAUUCCGACGACAGCGGUCACGACACUGACGACCUGGAAGUAGUCCCCAAGAAAAUUCCUAGGACGCACAGCCUGCGCCGCGUUCGUUUUUCGCCCUAG